AAACAAAGCCCAAAACAUUUUAAAACAGUCGCUCAUAAGGCGGGAAACCAACAUCUGAAGCCGAACCAAUCCACUACGAUGCGAGCUCCCGGCCGCCGCCGCCCGGCGGAAUCCCUUGCCCCGGACCGGCGUCCGCCACCUCCCACGCCCACCAACACCGCCGAUCCGUGGCAGUUCAUCUCCACCCCCCUCCACGGCCGCGAAUCUGACGCCAGUUUCUGCAGCAGCCGCCCCUCCACUGCCUCCACCGGUCGCCCUUCCGCCGCCAUCACCAACAUCUCCGACCGAUCGUACCAACUCGCCGCCCUCCGCACCAUCAAUUCCUACCUCACCUCCCAAUCCGCCCCCUUUUCGCUCAAGCACCCUUUGCCUUCCGCUAAAGACAUCACCGAAACCCUAAAGCUUUUACUACAGCGCCUAGGGUUCGCUUCGCAGAAAAUCGACGAUGAUCUCAGUCACGCGUUGAAGUUCCUCAAAUGCCCCUUGAAACUGAACAAAUCGGCCCUGCGCGCCCCGGGUACGCCGCAUUCAUGGCCCAAUUUGCUUGCAGUUAUCCACUGGCUUGUUCAGUUAGCUCAGUACAUAGAUUCUACAAUGAAUUUGUCCCCUGAACUUGAGGGUGACAAGAUGUUGAUGCACAAUAUACAAAGUUAUUUGCUCUACAUUGGGGGAGAGGAUGAGGCCAUGGAUGCUUUGGAUUCGGAGUGUAUUAGGGAGUUGGAAGAGUGGAGGGAUAAAGUGGGGGAAAAUGCGACAGCUGUUGAUUUCAAUGCUAGCGAGCUGGAUGCGAAAUUGAUGGCUUUGAAGAAGGGCCCAAGUCAGAAGGAGGUUUUGGAGCAGGAGAAGGCAGUUGUAGAAAAGGACGUGACAAAGUUCCAUGAUAUGAUCGGACAAUUGGAUGCUCAUUUGGUGGAUGUGCAGAAGAAAUUGGAGGAGAAGGAAAAGGCGUUAGAGGCCAAGGUGGAAGAACGGAAGAGGAUUUGCGAUGAGAAUGAGGAGCUGAAGAGGAAGAUUGAGGAACAAGGGAUUAAUAUGAGAGAUGCUGAGAGAAUGAAGCGAGAACUGCAGGCUGUGGAGCGGAAUUUUGAGGAGGCGGAGGCCGGGAGAAGUGGCUGGGAGGAGAAGAUUUGGGAGCUUGAAUCUGAGAUAGGGCAUAAGUUUAAGGAGCUUGAGCGUCUUGUGAUGGAAUGCAACCAAACUAUUCGAAGGUUGAAGCUUGGAAAUGGAUUUCAAUAUCAGCUACAAGCUGACGGGUCCACACCAUCUGAGGUCCUGGGAUUUGAUUACAAGAGCAUACUAAAGCCCGCACUUGUCGCCUUUUCUGAGGAAAUAAAAAAAAGCUCAAUGGAGAAAUUAGAAGAACUGAUAUCCCUUCGGCCACGAUCAGGUGAGAAUGCUGCUAAGCUGGAGGAGAAACGGAACCUUAUUGCUCUCUUUCAAUCCCGCAAUGAUGAGGUUGAAUCUCAAUUGGAUAUAAUGACAAAAGAAAUGCAAGAGUACGUGUCUAGACGUGCAGCACAAGCCAAAAAAAUGGUAGAGGAAAUUGAGAUGAAGGUUCAGCAUAUCUCUAUUGUUGAAAAGGAAGCGGCAGAAUUGUUGAAGAAAUCGAAAGCGGGGCUGGAUGAAGACAUGCUUCAAAGUAAGGAAGAUGUGACGUUGUGCGCUCAGGAACUCUUCAACUUGAUUAAUUCAGUUGCGACAUACAAAGAGUUCGUAGGCUCGAAAAUUGGACGCAUGAGGAGCGACCUUCUAGAAACUGCUGGUACCGUCGCAGAAAUUUACAAAGGCUACCGUCUGUGACUGGCCUGUGUUGUUUCACUUUCCAACGCAUCUAACUCACUUGAUUUAUUAGCUUAAUAAUAUGAUAUGAUGGGCGAAAUAUUUUACUGUAACUGUGUUGAUUUGUACGCUGCUUGUUAAAUCUUCGAGUUUGUUUCCUUUAUGGGUAACAAACUUUUACCCAAUUCUACAAAACAACUAAAUAUUACUCC